AUGUCGAUUAAGUUUAAUUUUGCUGGUAAAGUGGCCCUGAUCACUGGGUCGAGUUCAGGUAUCGGUGCGACCACAGCCAUACUGUUUGCCAAAUCGGGAGCUAAUGUUGUGAUCACCGGUCGUAACGCCGAGCGAGUGUCAGAUGUGGCCAAACAGUGUCUCGACGUAUCGCCCGAUGGCUUAAAAGCGCUGGAAGUGGUGGCAGACGUGACCAGUGAUGAGGAUCUUCAGCGAUUGGUCGACACAACUAUCACUACUUUUGGUAAAAUAGAUAUUUUGGUCAAUAACGCGGGAACCGAUGAGUCAAUGUUUUUUGUGGACACGGAUUAUAUGCAAAGCUAUCGAAGAGUGCUAAACAUGAACUUAGAUUCCUCAGCGUUGGAUAUGUUUACUAAAUGUAUUGCCGCAGAGUUGGGGCCUAAAGGCAUACGUGUAAACAGUGUUAAUCCAGGUGCCGUAGAAACAGGCAAUGCAUUAGAGAGUACAGACAAUUUACCCGAUGUUUAUAACAGCGACUGUUACGCAAAAUUAUACCCUGUGGGCCGGUAUGGUGUGCCCAAUGAUAUCGCUAAUGCUGUACUAUAUUUGGCAUCUAAUGAUAGCUCAUUCAUAACGGGUACGGCUAUUGUGGCCGAUGGCGGGCACCUGGCGGCCAAUGUCAACAUUAAUAACUAA